AUGUGGGUCCUGUUCGCCACUCGCCAGCUUGAAGCUUGAAGCCACAAGUCUGCGUGUGUGGCGGCAGCUCAGCGUCGAACAUAAAAUGUCAUCCAUGUAAACAUUUGAGUGAGCUUUGCAGCAAAAGCUGUUUUCUUUAUUACGUUCUGUCUGUUUUUUUGUUUUUUAUUGGACGCAUAAAGAAGACAAAAGUCACGUCCGGUUCCCUCCAGGACUGUCCCAGACAUGAAGGAGUGAGCCCGCCCCACAGCCAGCAUGGCGCUGGUCCUGCCCGUCCCUGCCGAGCCCCGUGACCCGGCCCACGGUGCACCAUCUCGCAGACGACACUGGUCAGGCCCCUCGCCUCCCGCCGCCCCCCUGGACCCCAUGGGCUCGGUCGGCAGCCUGGCGCACCCGGGACCCUUCCUCGCAGCGCCGAGGUCUCCCGCCGAACACCCCCCGCACCCCCGCAGUCCUCCGGCCAACAGUCUGUCCAGCAGGGGGCAGGAGAGCGUGAAGUGGGACUACGUGGGCGGCUGGAAUGACGCCCACGUGGAGCCCGUCGGCCCAACCAGGUACCAAGAUGGAGAGGGCUUGAACGGGAGCGUGGGCGGCCCCCCGCCAAGACUGGUGCCCGUGUCAGGACAACUGGAGAAGAACAUGGAGAACACGGUUCUGCGGCCCACCGCCUUCAAAGCCGUCACCCCCAAGAGCCGCACCCCCAUGCACUACCUCUCCCCGCGCCACGAUGCCCACCGGGAGAUGUCGCCUUCCGGCUCAGAGAAGCGCAGCUCGUACAGAGCGGGGCGGCACAGGAGCAGCAGCCAGUCCUGCUCGCUGUCCGACUCGGGCCGCAAUUCUCUCUCCAGUCUGCCCCCGGGAGAAGCGGCAGGUCACAAGAGCGCACACGGACAUUCCAACUCGGACAGCGGCCGCUCCUCCUCUACCAAGAGCUCCGGCUCCGUCAGCGGGCGGGGUCAGCCGCUUUCCGACAGCGGGUCCGGUGGGCGCUCCCCGGGUCCUACGGAGGACUACGAGGCUGUGGUGAGGGACUUGGAGGACAAGCUCAGGGAGAGAGAGGAGGAGCUCCUGCUGCUCCGAGAGAACUUGGAUGAGAACGAGGCCGCCAUUUGUCAGGUCUACGAGGAGAAGCAAAAGCGAUUCGAACUGGAGCUGGAGGAGCUGAGGCAGAGCUGUGCCACCAGGAUGCAGACGGCCUCCCAGAAGGCCCAGCGAGCCCAGCAGGCUCUUCAGAUGCAGGUCCAUCAGCUCCAGCAGGAGAAGAAGAAGCUGCAGGAGGACUUUGGACAGCUGCUGAAGGAGCGGGAGCAGCUGGAGGAGCGCUGCACCUCCUACGAACACCAGAAGAUCCAGCUGGGACCCCGACUGGAGGAGAGCAAGUGGGAGGUGUGUCAGAAGUCAGGAGAGAUCUCCUUGUUGAAGCAGCAGCUGAAGGAGAUCCAGGGCGAGUUGGCGCAGCGCGUGGGCGAGAUGGUGUCGCUGCGAGGUCAGCUGCGCCUGAGCCGUGGCGAGCUGGGCAAGGCGCAGGUCCUCCUGCAGGAGGCGCACGGCGCGGCUCGCAGGCGCAGCAUGGAGCUGGAGGUGUGCGAGAACGAGCUCCAGCGCCGCAAGAGCGAGGCCGAGCUCCUCCGGGAGAAGGCGGCGCGCCUGGAGGCGGACGCGGCCCAGGGCGGCAGACAGUGUCAGCUGUUCCGGGGGGAGGAGCUGAGAGCCCAGUUGGCCGCCGAGCGCCAGCGGGCGGAGCAGCGGGCGGGCGUGUUCGAAGAGGAGCGCAGGACGUGGCAGGAGGAGAAGGACAAGGUGCUGCGCUACCAGAAGGAGUUGCAGCACAACUACGUCAACAUGCGGCGUAGGAACCAGCAGCUGGAGCACAUGCUGCGCCAGCUGAGUCUGGAACUGGAGAACCCAGACGACGACGAGGGCAGCGGCAACGAGGUCAUCUUUGAUGACGUCGCCGCCACUCCAAUAUGACCCCCCCCCCCCUUUGAUUUCUUACACUGUCUUCUCAUUGCUGCUUAAGAUGACAAGUAAGUUGACCUUUCACCUGCCAGCAGGCAGCUAACACUGAUGGUGACGUCUGCACUAAAUAUUCAUACAUCAGUCUCA